GAAACAACAGGUUGGACUGUUAGUGCUUGAAACGGACUUAACAUCAACCUUCAACUAAAGCCGAAGCAACUAUGAUCUACUUACUGACCUUGCGGUUUUUCUUCUUACUCAUCACCUGCUCAUUUCUAGUAGAAUCAGCUCCUGUUCAAGAAUCUAUUGGGCGGCAACCAAGGCAAAAAGGGUGUUAUUACCUAAGUGAUCAUUAUGAUAAUGGUGAAAGGAUCGACACCAACGAGCCCUGCCUUAACUGCACCUGUCUCAAUAGCAUGCUUAUGUGCUAUCUCCGUAUCUGCCCCUUUGUGAAGCCUGUUGGUGAGGAAUGUAUCAUAGAAAGGGAAGAAGGAGACUGUUGCCCCAAGAUUUGGUGCCCUGAAGUGAUUAAAAACAAAGAGAACACCCCGAAAAUAAGUGAAAAAAGGAAGCAACAACCAGGUUGUUACUUGGAUGACAAAUUCUACUCUGACGGAGCCAUGUUACCGCAUGAUCCAAAACGACCUUGUGAAGUAUGUUACUGCAUUCGAAACAGUACAGCUUGCGUAAUGCAAGAAUGUGAACUCAAAGUUGAUGGAUGCUUUCCGAUAUAUAAGGAGGGUCAAUGUUGCCCUUGCCGAUACAAUUGUACUUACGAAGAAGCAACCCCAACCCCACCUGGUGUAACUCUUACGGACUUGGCAGAAGGCUGUACUCUUUCUGACGGAUCAUUUGUCGAAGAUGGUGAAGCAGUGAAUUCCACCAACCCUUGCGAGCAUUGUUAUUGUAUGAGGAACGAAGUUGUCUGCGCCAUCCAGGAAUGUCAAGCUCCAGGUGACAACUGUAGACCUGUACCACCGAAACCUGACCAAUGUUGCCCAGACAGAUACGAAUGCCUUGUUAACACAAUAUCGCCUAAUAGUUUUGAAAAACCAAUAAGUCUACAGUUUUCAACAGUUUUUACGACUUCAUUAGGAACCACAACAACCUCACCUGAUCUUGCAACAGUUAAAGGGAAAAUUGCAGACUCAAGUAAAGUCAAAGGCGCACCCAAAAAAGAAGUUAUUGAUGAAAUUCCUUCACCUGUAUAUAUACCCUCUCAGCAAACAAAAAGUAGUGAGAUUCCUGAAGAAAUUUUCACUACGGUAUCAAUCUCUCAAAAGAGCUCAACUGUAAAGGAAUCGCAUAUUCAAGAAAAUGUUACCCUGAUACCAACUCUUUCAGAUACCUCAUCACUUGCUUCAUCAACAGAAUCAGAAGUUGCGGAGAAGAUCAGGUCGUUCACAAUUACUCCUGCAGAUGAUUUGCUUUCUGAUAAAUUUAGCGCAACGAGCUCAGAGAAAAUAUCUACUGAAUAUGCAGAAACAACUGGUAGUAUCCUUUCUGAUGAAAAGAUUUCCGAAUUAACAACAAUACAUUACGAAACAAGCAGUCCUGCGGAUCAGUCUCAACAAACUACCAUUCAAGCAGAAGCAAUCAAUCCGGAGGAACAUUACAAAAAAGUAACCACCCAAGAAGAAAAAAGCAAACCAACAGAAUAUUCUCAACAAACCACCAUUCAAGGAGAUAUAAGCAGCACAACAGAAUAUUAUCAAAAAAGCACGACUGAAGCAGACACAAAAACUUCAAUAGGAUAUUCCCCUGAAACUACGAUUCUAGUAGAUACCAGGAGUCCAAUAAAACAAUCGCAGCAAACCACAGCCCAAACAAAAAUAAGCCAUCCAACCGAAAUUUCUCAAGAUAUGACAUCUGAAACGCAGCCGUCAAGAAAAGGUUACGGUGUUAAGGGAUCUUCAUUAACUCACAAAUCAUCUUCAGUCCAUACUCCAUCUUCUGCCCCCGAAAAUGUGGAAGUGUCCACUGAAAGUUAUUCGCCUCAAAAAUCUUCUUCACCAUUAGAAUAUGAUACAAGCCGUAACUCAACAAAUACAAUCCUGUCUGAGAAAGAAAAGGCUGACAGCGUGAAAGAAAGUACUUUUUCACCGCCAAACAUCAUAAGAGUGAAAGGACGGAAACCAAGUUCACCAUCAGAAGAAUCUAUAAAAGUUUCAACAACAGAACCUACAGUUGCUUCACAAGAACACAAUUUUAUGGAAGGUGAACCAGAAGAUGGCAAAAUAAAACAACCUACUGGAGAACAAUCAAUUACUGGAGUGAAAAGUUCUCAGAAAAAAGGACAAAUUAAGGGAAAGCGUCCUCAAAUUAAAGAGAAACCUUUGCUACCAGUCGGUGUUAUUCCUGGUGAGAAGAAACAAUCAACAAGUACAACUGUGUUCCCUUCAAUAAAAGGCCGUCCUUCUGUUAUGAGUAUUCCUGGUGAAGGUUCUUGCCAUGUUGGUAAAGUGACAUACAAACAUGGACAAGCUGUACCUUCUUCGGAUGUCUGCAAAAUGAGCUGCCAAUGUAGCAGAGGCAAGAUUUACUGUGUGGAGAUAGUUUGUGAAAAACUUCAUCCUGAGAAUUACGGUGAAUGCCAACUUGUUAGAAAUCAAAGUCAGUGUUGCCCCCAUUACGAAUGUGGAACGUCAAUAACUAAGCCAGCUGAAUACUUAGACAUAACCGAAUUCACUUCUGUUGAUGGAAUAUUUAUCAGUUCAACAACUGUUCAAAAAUCUGGAACAUAUACUACAGAAAGUAGUACCUUAUUUCCCAUUAGUUCCACGGAAAGUACAGACGACGUAUUUAAGACAGACGCAACAACGACGUCAAGUCCUUCUUCGUUUACAAAAGAAGCUACCUCAUCUUCAUUUAGUUCAAAAACUCCACUUUUCAGUACUUUUCCAACAGAAAUUAGUCAUAGUACUAAUGAAGUUGAUGUAUCAACUACUGCAGAUGACACAAAUUUUUCCAUUUCUAUUCAUGAAGAAGAAUUAUCAACCGAACAAAGCCAUUCACAAGAAGAAACUGAAACGACAACAGGAUCAACAAAACUUUUCUCAGUAGCAUCAACCUCUCAGGAAGCGGAAACAGCUUCUGUGAGUUAUGACAGCACAGUAGAGGAGAUUAAAUAUACCACACAAGAAACUUCCACGUCUGAGAAAGAAUCUGCUAAGUUUACUUCAACUAAAGCUUCAACUGAAAGUCCAACCACAGAAAAGAGUCAUGCCACUCCGUUUACUUUUAAGGAAACAGACUCUGAAGCAAGCACUGAUCCAUCUACAGAAUUGCAUUCAACACCAACAGUCAAGGAAACUUCUAAAACCACAUUUGAAGAUUUGACAGUUGAAAAGAUUGCAGGCGUUUCAACAACUAUGAAAACUUCCUCUUUUUCAUCAGUUCAGCCGGAAGAGCAAACUGAAACACCAGAAGUAGGAAUUCAUACUGAGACAGAACAGAAAUCUUCAACUCCAUCAGAUGUAAUUAGUACUUCAGAAGUCAUAACCGAGAGAUAUUCUCAAUCAGAUUUAGUGAAAGAAACAGAAAGUAUUCAACCUUCUGGAACGGCAGAAGAAAUCAGUACCCUUCACUCCGUCACUUCAACAAAAGUAUCAGUUGGAUCAGAAGUAACCGACAAAUUUGGCACCGUCGUUACAGACAAGGAUGCAGGAGCCACACUUGGAUAUGAAAUUUCUUCAGACAAAGAAGAAACUUUCCUUGCAACAAGCAGCAAACCACUAGAAACCAGUGAGACUCAAGAAGAUUUCGAAAAGUUAACAGAUCAUAAAACAACUAUUAUUUCCACUUAUGAAGAAUCUAGUGUUACGCCACUUCCUGAAGAAGCCGCCCAUGAAGCAGAAAGUAGCUUCCAAACAGAUACUUCCUUACAGGAAAAAUUUACCAUUCCAUCAACAAAGCAAACUGGUCAUUCUUCAACUCAAGAACCUUUUGUAGAUUUAACGUCAACAGAAAAAACUCUACCGUCUAUUUUAGAUUUGUCAUCAACUAAAAAACAUCAACCGACUCUAGGAGAAACUGCAGUUUCUGAUGGUGCCGAUACUAAAGAUUAUUUUGAGUCUACUGUCGUUGUAGUAUCAUCAACUGAAGCGGAAACACCAGAAUACAUUCCGAAAACAGUUAUUGCUAGCAAUGUAUCAACAAUUGGAUUGAUCGAUGCUUCUGAAACAACCGCAUCAAAAGUCGCAACAGAAGAAAGUCACUUGGCAGAAACUACAACAGUAGUUACUAAGGUUGACUUGGCAGUGUCAUUUGAGACAGAUUUACCAUCCGAUCUUCAUGCACAAGAUAGCUCAACAGAAAAGAACAUAGUUGAAUUGCAAACAACGUCUUCUCAAUCUGCUCAGACUACAAAGCAACAAGAUGGUACUGCUACGAGUUCUGUCCAGACUUCUACUGGAAGCAAUAUAGUCUAUUCUACUGAUGCUCCCACGUCCUACGCUACACACUCAACUACAUUGAAAGAACAUGAUAUCACGGAUAGCACUGAGAGAACCACUGAACAAAGUUACACCAUAAAAUCAACAGAGAUUCAGAAGUCUACAGAAGCCCCAACGACUACUCAAAAAGAUACUGAAGAACACGAAAAACUCAAAACAGCCAGUGGUAUUUAUGAAGAGCACGAAGUUACUUUUUCAACGAAGAAAGAACAAGAGGAAACUACUUUCCACGUAUUUAAACACUCUACAACUGAUUCUUAUGACAUUACAACAAGAUCCAGCGAACAUCCCCAAGGAACUUCAACGAUUACACCAGUAAAAGAUGAUAUUAGUACUGUAAUAUCAACUACAACCUCUGCACAGCAAGGAUUGUCUUCUGAUAUAAUUGGUGCCGACAGCUCUGACGAUUCAGUCAAAUUUACUGAAACAAAACCAGACUCAGUUUCUUCAACUGAAGGCACUGAAACGUCAUCGAAACAAGAAACUGAUGCAGGAUCUGACAUCAGCCAUGAAAUUGAAUUGACAACACUAUCUUCAAAAUCUGAAGAAUCUUCAACAACUUUCUCUGUUGGAACAAAUCUAUCUGAAGAAACAUCUCCGAAACAAGAAACCGAUGCUGAAACUGAUAGAAGCGAUGAGGCAGAAUUAACUUCACUCUCACCAAAAGCUGCAGAAUCUUCAUCUACAUUUGAAGAUUCAUCGCAUUUUGCAGUUUCAGAAACAUCAGUCACACAGAAAAUAGAUAUCGUUUCUGGCAUUGGUCAGCAAGAACAAUCCUCCACUCCAUCUUCUACAGUUGAAGAAUCUGAAUAUUCAACAACAGUUCGAAUAGAAUCUUUAUUCCAUGAUGCCACGGAAGCACCUAAAUCUGUAGAAGAAACAGACGUCAGUCCGAUUACAUCCGUUUCUGAAGACAAGAAAACGACUUCAAAACUAGAAGAAUCAACUGAAGAAGGUCAUAAGGAGGAAUUUUCAGGAAUUAACUUAGAUUCUGAGGUAACCGAUAAAAAAAUCAGCGAAUCGGAAUUCUCCACGUCGCAUGCAGAAGAAAUCCGCUCUUCUUCAGUUUCUGGCGCUUCUUCUACUCAAGCAUCGCAUGAAUUGGAUUACGAUACAAAAUCUUCUACAUCUAUAUCUGUAACAAUAUCGGAACAAGAUAAUGAAGAAACUUCUGUUUCUGUUGAGGGCAGUUCUACUACUGGUGAAGAAAAACUUCCAACAUCGGAAGAAAUAUUAAGCCCAAUAUAUGAAAUUACUGAUAACGAAAUAUCUCACGAUGUUGGCGAUUUCGUUACAGAAUUUCAUGAUUCUGGAGAUGGAAAGUAUGAGGAUGAAGGUAUAUUUUCUAAAAAGAAACCAGGAAAGGAAUCUGACAUAGAAGCUAAUGAACCUGAAAAACAUACCACGGAAUCACAUGCUGAAGUUAUUAAACAUGAACAGCACAUUACAGAGUCGCAUGUUGAAGCUACUGACCUUGAAUCACAUACUGAAUCCGAAUUACAUGCUGAAUCUAUAAAGCCUGAACAACAUACUACAGCUUCACAUAUUGAACUUAUUGAACCUGAACAGCAUACUACUGAAUUACAGGCUGAUUAUAUUAAAUCAAAACAACAUAGUACAGAAUCAUAUAUUACAAUUAUUGAACUUGAACAGCACACUACUGAAUCCUAUGCUGAAUCUAUUAAACCUGAACAACAUAGUACGCAGUCACAUAUUGAAAUUAUUGAACCUGAACAGAAGUAUACCACUGAAUCACAUGCUGAAACUGCCGAAUCUGAACAACAUGGUACAGAGUUAUAUCUUGAAGUUUCUACAUUUGCAAGUGAAGCUUCUGAAUCUCCUGAAGAAGCUGCGAAAACUCAAGCAGUUGCUACACACAUUCCAGAAUCGACAGCGGAAGAAAAAGAAACUCAUACUGUGGAAACUUCUUCAGAAAAAGAAAUUCACGUUUCUCACGAAUAUCAAAAAACGGAUUCACAGUUUCCCGCGAUUCAAGUAACAAGUACUAAUCAACCAAAAGACGAUGUAUACAUCACGGAAAGUGAAGAUUAUGAACACAAGAAAGUAUCCUUCGAAGCUUCAGUUUCCUAUGAAGACACCACAUCUCAGGGAGUAACCGAGAAAUCAGAGAUAUCAACUGAUGAUCUAUCUGAAACACAUAAAUCUCAAGACCAUGCCGAGAAAUUUGAAACUAUCAUCUCUACGUCAUCCACAGUCUCGUCAUCAGACCAUGGAACAUCAACAGCUAAGCAAACUCUUGUUCCAUCAUCAACCGAAAAAUCAACUUUCGAACACGAUUCUGUAACGACAGUAGAAUCAAUCAAGAGUACGUCAACAGAUGUAUCGCAUACUUCAGAAUCAUUGAUUGAAGUCUCUGACACAUCAACUACAGAUGAUUCAACAUCUACUUUGAAACCAGGAGAAAGCUUAGAAAGCUUUGACAGUCAUAAGGAUGAAGGAUUCAAACCAUUUUCCGUUGAAUCAACUUCUUUACCAAUUAUGAUAAUUGAUGAUGCUUCAACACUUGACGACAAAGCCAUUCAAACGGAAUCUCCAUCACCUUCUACAAAUUUGUCUCACGAAGAUAUUGUGACGACUCAAGAACCUUAUCAUUCAGUUUCAACCUCAACUGAUCAACCAAAGAAAGAUGAAAUUUUAACAGAUGAAAAAAUAGCUUCUAUCGUUACUGAAGAUGAAUCAAGAGGUACAAGUGAGGGAAUAUCCAUUUCUGAAAGCACUGAAUACCACUCAGAGACAACUGAUAAAACUAGCAUCUCAUCAACACAUUCUCACCAUGAUAUUGUGACGACUCAAGAACCUUAUCAUUCAGUUUCGACCUCAACUGAUCAACCAAAGGAAAAUGGAAUUUUACCAGAUGAAAAAAUAGCUUCUAUCGUUACUGAAGAUGAAUCGAGAGGUACAAGUGAGGGAAUAUCCAUUUCUGAAAGCACUGAAUACCACUCGGAGACAACUGAUAAAACUAUCAUCUCACCAACACAUUCUCACCAUGAAACUUCGUACGUACCUGAAAAAACUACAAAUGCCAUAACAGAUGCCAGUAAUAUACCAAAUGCUUUUGCCGUUUCAACUUCUGAACCGGAGAAUUUAGUCUCUGUGGAUGCUACAGGCUCAACUGCUCAAGAGGAAGCUGAAACUGUAAAAGGUGAAUAUAAAUUAAAAGCAUUUCAAAUAAAAUGGGAAAAUGGUAAGCAAGGUAUUGACAGACAUACAAACCCAGAGAAUGUCGAGGGAGCCGUAGAUACAGUAGUCUCCACAGCAUAUGAAUCUAUAAAAGAUGCAAAAGAUUCAUCAACGGUAAAAUAUGAGACUACAGAGAGACCAACUACAGUCAAAAAAGUUUCCACUACGGUUUCAGAAAGCACAACAACUGCUCAUCCAGGUACUCAUAAAGAUUUCGCAUCAACUUCUGUGGCUGGUGAUUUGACAUCGAUUAAGAUAUCUGAACAUUCCGAGGAUGCCAUUGUUGAUUUUAAUAAUAGUAGUCAUAUAGUUGAUCAUUCAGAGGACGAAGAGACUAUUGAAACAUUUACAGAUCCUCCAAAACAAACUGAGAAACCCGAAUCUCAUAUUAAACUGUCGCAUACUCAUGAGCCUUCAAUUUCUGUAGAAGAAGUCACAUCUACGGCCGCACCUCAAACUCCUGCAAUUUCUGAAAAACCCACUGACGAAAAGAUGGAAUUGACCGUAGAAACAACACAAGCUGUCAGUGAAGAAUCUCAUCAUUCUUUUGUGACAUCAAAAGCACCGGAGCUGACAUCUGAGCCUGUGAAAUCGGACACUCAUGUUAUAUUCUCAUCAGAUUCAACUGUAGUUCCAACAAUUGUUCACUCAGGAACUACCACAUUCACACUGAAACCUGAAGUUAUAACUCAAACAGUUCAAACACCGGUGUUAUUAGAAACAACUCAAUUUACUCCUAAGGAAAGCUCUCCAACUGAACAUGAAGCAAUCGAAGAUUUAGAAGAGGAAGAAGCAGAAUCCCUGCCUCAUGUUUCUGAGAAAGAUGACCUCAUUGCAAAAAGGAUUACACCUUCUGCAAUCGACGUCAGUGAUGUUAGCAAAUCUUCUGAAUUGACAACUGCAAAAAUUUUGGAAGAAGAAAAUAACUCUGCUGAAGAUUCUGGAAAAUUUACGGAUCACGAAAAAAUACAUACCGAUUCCAUAACAACUGAAAUUUCUGAGGAAACAACAGCAAAAGAAGAACAAACUACCUUAUUUGCAAGUACACCAAAAUCUGUUUCUACUGAAGAAAGCCAUGAUCAUUCAGUUUUACCCAAUGCAACAGAGGCAGUUUCAACUGAUAUUCAUUCCGAGUUCCAUGAGCAGGAAAAAACCUCUUUCACAGUUUCGGCUCAAACUGAUGAAGCUUCAACUUCUGCAAGUUUCGGACAUAGCACAAAUGUCUUUGAUGUAACAGAUAUUGAAAAUAAAUUGAAAACAACUUUAAUUUCUGAAUUUAGUGAUACAAUUGAUACAUCAACAAAGAGUGAAAAAAUUGAAACUUCUUCCAUUCGAGUAGAAGAAGAUUUAAUAAAUACUGAAUAUUCUGAACUCCAAAAGCAUUCAACUGCAGCACCAACUGAAAAUGCACCUACAUCCGAAAGUUAUUUCAGCGCAGAAGAUUCUUCUCUGACACCUAAAAUUAAAGUUAUAAGUGAUGAAACAGCUACACAUGCUGCAACUGGUGAUUACGCGGACACUGUCAAGGAAACUGAAACUAGUAAAAGUGAAAUAACUACUAAAGAAUAUAAUGAACAAGUUAAUUCUUCCAAUUUCAUUCAUCAAGAAGGGGAUGAGACAACAUACGAUUCCUCAAAUGAACAAAGUGAGCUUGAUGUGGAAGCAGAAUUCCAAACUAGUCCAAAACCCGAAGAUGGAGAAACCAUUUCUACUGAAAGUGGAAUCAAACACAGCACAAGCUUUGUUGAACAGUCAGAAGAGACAGACGAGUCAUUUGAAGAACAUGCAGAUUCUACAUCAACUACAAAGACUGUGCCCGAAAAUAAACAGAAAGAACAAUCGGCUUCCACUACACCUGCAUUAAUUAGUGUGAGGGAUGGUCCCAGUCAUUCUACACUCACAACUAUUUACGAUCUUACAAGUACUCCUAAACCAUUAAAACUUGAUGCGGUUAUUGAAAAUCAGCAUUCAACGUCCAAAUAUUUCCAAGCCGAUGCAGAAAUAGAUGAAAAGUUCCAUGAAACCGAUAAAUAUUUAGAUAAAAGUACAACCCAAGAUGUAAUUACCGAAAUAAAGCCAUCUAUUUUACCCGUUACACAAAGUAGAGAUGAGGCUGUUAAAGACUCUUCUAUUAAACAAAUAACAGAAAAAUACGAGGAUUCUGAAUCUACGGAUUAUGAAGGCUGGGAUACUGGAAGUACGACUUCCGAGGCCAAAGAAUUUACUGCUACAACUUCUGACGACGUAUCAGUGAAAACAACUGAAUCUAAGCAGCUAAGUAGCGAUAUCUUGGCUAAAGAUUCAAUCACUGAUCAUGAUAAAACACAGUCUUCAUCUACAUUCUCACCUGAAAUAAUUUCAGAGGCUCAAAAAGAUACAGAAGUCGGUUUGACUGACACAGAUUCGAAAACUGAUGCUGUAUAUUUGUCGACAACAAAAUAUCCGCAAGAGACAGGAGAAAGUAGCUUGGUCACAGAAGAAACUCGAGAAAUUUUUGGAAGCACCAAAACGCAUUUAUUGAAUGAUACAAAAGAUGUCAGUUUACCUGAAAACUUUUUGACAGAUAGUGACAUUAUUAAUGAAAUCACAUCCUCUUCAGAUUCGAAACUUUCAUCUGAAAAUGUACCAGACUUAACUCACAUUUCCCUUGCUCACACCACUGACAAAAUUUCAACUCAAGAUCACGGUUUCCAUAAGCAGACAUACCCACCAGAAAGUUUGGAUGAAGGUUUGGAAGAAAACAUCAAAUUCUUUACAACUCUAAGCACCAUUCAAUCCGAUGAAACUAUUUUACCUGAAAAUUUAACCACUGAAUCAGCAGAAAGAAUCUCAUCUCUUUCAGAAUUAUCAAGUGAUGUCACUGAAACUUCUUUAGAUAAGCAUAAAACCGAUGCAGAGAGCUUAAGUAUUACCAAAGAAUCCAUUCAGGACAGCGACAGUGACAUUUUAACGGUAUCCCCUUCACUCAUUCCGGAAAAUCUUAUCGACUUUUCGAUAAUUCCUUCUCAACAAGAUAAUUUACAAACUGUUGAUACAGAUACAACCUAUGUAAAUCAGGAAAAUGUUGAAAAGAAACCUUUUGAAAUUUCCUCCACAACUGUCACUGAAGUAAACAAAUUAGAAGAAUCACAUUCCAAUUUAACAAAUACUGUAGAUGCAUUUGAGAUCGAACUCGCAAAUCAAACUUUGCACGCAGAUGAUCAAAAAGAAGCCGUGCCCUCAUUUGAAGAUAGUGGAGCAAUUACUUCCGAUUCUAAAGUGACAAAAAUUUCUGAUACAUCUGCAUUUGAAACUUCUUCUAGUACAGUUUCUCCAACGCAAGAUUACGGUUUCCAUAAGGAAGUGUAUUAUCCUCCAAAACACGAAGAAAGUACAAAAUUUGUGCAACAUUACGAUACUACAGAGCUUCCAACUUCGUUUUCCACUUUAAUCGAUGAAUCUGCAACACAAAAAAGUGAAAUUAUAAAAUCAACUGUUCAUUCAGAUUCAACUUUUGCAUCUGUAACAGACACUCAGACAGAGCAGUCAGUAAAUGUUGACAGGAAGUCGGCGGCUGACUUCGGAGUUACAUCAAUAAAAGAAUCAACAGUUGCUCAGAAAGAUUUGUCAUCUCAAGAAUCGACAAUUAAAAUUGCAGAAACUACAGAAAGUGAUUCCGAAACAAGCGUAACUCAUUCUGAACAUGCUUCAUCUACGUUUUCUACGGGCGAUAUAACACUGACUCCUCAUACAGGAAGCGUUUCAGAAACUCAUUCAUUAGACGAAGUCAAACAAAAACCAACCCUUCACGCUAAAACAACUAUAAGUUCGAAUGAAUUUUUCACUACAGAAUACUCAAAGAGCUCUUCUGAUGAAGAUCAAAAUGUGACCGAUCAAUCACAUAAAGAACUAUUCACCGAGGAACCACACAUUGACAUGAAUUCAUCCACUUCUAUUCAAACCAUCUCAACUGAAGAAACAGAAAAGAAAAAAGAAUCUGUGACAGUCUCUGGAAUUGAAAUAAGCAGCACUUCAAGGAAACCUACAGAUUAUGACUAUUUGUAUACUACAUACAUUUCUCACAUAUCUUCGUCAGUUGAAUUCAGUGAAGAAUCGGAUUCAUUUUCAACUACCAAGCCUGAGACAACAGAUACUGUUGAAGAAAAUGCCACUACAGAAGAGCAGCAUUCAACUCAUCAUGUUGAAAGUGGUGAUAGUCUCACAACUGUUUCUGAUAAUGUUGCUAACGAAAACAUUUCGGAAGAGUCUACAAUUCACACUAAAUUUUCAACAGAUUAUGCACCUGCACUUCUCAUAAAUGAUACGACGACUGAUCGAACCUCUGAUCCAGACUCAGCAAUAUUGCUGAAGAAAACAACAAUAGAGGACAUAGAACUUUCUUCCACUACUGAAAGUUCUAUCAAAGAGUCCUUUGAUGCCGAAGUACAUUCUACAGAGAACGAAAUAUCCAGCAAAAUCGUGACUUCCCUUCCGAAACAAACUGAUAUUCAUUCUACACAUGUAACAGAACUUUUCAACGACAACACCCGUCCACCUCAAGAAAAUCUUCAUUUGGAUCAUAGUAAAACAGAAGGUGUUAUUUCAACACAAGAUUAUUCUGAUUUGCAUACAGAGUUCUCAUUUAAUGAUGAAAUUUCUGAACAUCAUGGUAUCACUACAAGUGAUGAAAGUGAUAUAAUUAUAACAAAGAAAUUACCUUCAGUUUCAGUAGAGGAUCAAUUUUCUACUUUCUCAAGUCAUCAGAAUGAAUCAUUCACUGAAACAAUACACGAAACAACCAAAAGUUACGAAAUUAAAAAUGAAGAAGGAAUUUCUGAGAUUUCAGAGACAUCUCCUUCAUCUUCCACGAUAGUAACCAUAGAAGCGUUAGGAGUUUCACGUGAUAGUAUUUCUUCUACACACAUAACUACAUCUACAUCAUUCGAAACAACUUCAAACGCGCUUGAAAGCUCACUUGACAAAGAAACUCAACCAGAAGGAGCUGAGAAAAUAUAUGAUAUUGAAUCCUUUACCAUUAAAGACUCUUUGUCAAAUCACUCAGAUACAAAAGUAGUGACAGACAGUACAAUUACAACAUCAUACGACUUGAACCUUUCCGAAGAUCAAGAUAAGAAAGUAACAAUAAAAUCUUUCGUCUCUGAUAGUGAAUCAGCUUUCACAGAAGAACAUAGUACUUAUUCGCCACUCUUUGUAAGUACAACUACAAAACAUGCAGUGGAUUCAACUACUGCUCAACCGCAAACAAGUACUUCGUCGGCAGUCGAUAUUAGUGAAGCCUCGUUAACUACUGGAACAAGUAAAUCUCAGGAAGAUGUAACAAUAUCAGCUCAUGAUACAAGUUCCAGUACCACCCAUGAAGAGAUAUUGGAGACAAUUGCCAGCUUUUUCCCUCAUUCUAGUCCACCAUCUAUUCUCGCUGAGAGCCAUAAAUCAUCAUCAUUGUCAUCAUCAUCAACAACAUCCGGUCCUUCACACAAGCACACUACAGCCAAACCAGCUGAUGAAAGCCCUCAUCAUUUGCCAGAAGACGGAUAUUGCCUGUAUGAAAAUGAAGUCUAUAAUUCCGCCGAGCAAAUACCACGAAAGGAUCCAUGUGAAUUCUGCUUCUGUUUCCGUGGUGAUAUCAUCUGUCUUCAACAGAGCUGUCCACCUCCUAUCAGGGGAUGUUACGCUACCCCUAUAAAUGGUUUCUGCUGUCCGAGAUUCCAUUGCCCUGUUCAAGAAAUGCAUUUUAAUUUAUCUACUACAACAACUACGACACCAGACCCAAGAAUAGGAAAAUACUUGCCACCUGCUGAUCAAAACACAGGAUGUGAAAUCGAAGGAAAUGUAUAUCGGGUACACCAAGUGGUGCGGCCUUCCAGUGGUCCUUGUAUGUUAUGCCGCUGUGAAAUGGGUGGCAUCAUGAAAUGUGAUCCCAGAGAUUGUCAACCUCAAGCUCCACUUCUUUUGCGACUCAACAGAGAAUUCUUCAAGAAAAGGUAGUUGGAACCCCGGUGACUAAUAGGUACCAGAAAGAAAUAUGAUUGGGACAACCCAAUUGUGCCACUGCCGUUUUUCUCAUCAUUAGAACUCUCUUUUUUUAAUUGAAAGAACGGCUACCUCAAGUUUCUGAGUGUAACCUUCUAUUUUGAUUAUUUUUGUUUGGGAUUUCCUCAGCAACCGUUUAAAGAAGAAAAAAGUGUUAACUUUUUGCUUCAGUUUGGUGCUGUUAGUUUAUUUUUUUAUGGGAUUUGUGAUUGUUUUUGUGUUUUUUCCUAGAAAUGGAAACGGGUGCAAUGUUUAAA